AUGUCGGUGCAGGACAUCCCCGCCGGCCAGGCCGUGUACGCCCAGGACGAGAAUGGAAGGCCAUUCAUCAUUGUCCGCGAGCAGGGCAGGAAGGUCCGCACUCACGGUCUCGAGGCUAUCCGCUCGCACAUCCUCGCCGCCCGCUCCGUCACCAACAUUAUCAAGUCGUCGCUCGGCCCCCGUGGUCUUGACAAGAUCCUCAUCUCCCCCGAUGGUGACAUUACAGUCACCAACGACGGCGCUACCAUUCUCGGCCUCAUGGAGGUCGACCACCAGAUUGCCAAGCUCCUUGUUGAGUCGCAGGACGACGAGAUUGGUGACGGUACCACUGGUGUUGUUGUCCUCGCCGGUGCCCUCCUGUCUUCGGCCCUCUCGCUGAUUGACCGCGGCAUCCACCCCAUCCGUAUUGCCGACGGUUACGAGAAGGCGUGUGAGAUUGCCGUUGCCGAGCUCGACCGCGUCGCCGACGAGAUCACGUUCAGCCAGGAGGACACCUCCAACCUUGUGCGCACUGCCAAGACCUCGCUCGGCUCCAAGAUUGUGUCGAUUGCCCACGACAAGUUUGCCAACAUUGCCGUCGACGCCGUCAUGUCCGUUGCCGACCUCGACCGCCGUGACGUCGACUUUGAGCUCAUCAAGGUCGACGGCAAGGUCGGUGGUGCGCUCGAGGACACUUCGCUCGUCAAGGGUGUCAUUGUCGACAAGGACUUUUCGCACCCCCAGAUGCCCACUGUCGUGCGCGACGCCAAGAUUGCCAUCCUCACCUGUCCCUUUGAGCCUCCCCGCCCCAAGACCAAGCACAAGCUUGACAUUGAGAGCGUCGAGGAGUACAAGAAGCUCCGCGAGUACGAGAAGGAGAAGUUCCUCGAGAUGAUCAGGAUGGUCAAGGACACUGGCGCCAACCUCGUCAUUUGCCAGUGGGGCUUUGACGACGAGGCCAACCACCUGCUCAUGCAGAACGAGCUCCCUGCCGUCCGCUGGGUCGGUGGCCCCGAGAUUGAGCUUAUUGCUAUUGCCACCAACGGCCGCAUCGUGCCCCGUUUCGAGGACCUCUCGGCCGACAAGCUCGGCAAGGCCGGUCUCGUCCGCGAGCUCUCGUUCGGUACCACCAAGGAGAAGAUGCUCGUCAUUGAGGAGUGCGCCAACUCGCGCGCCGUCACCGUCUUCGUCCGCGGCUCCAACAAGAUGAUCAUUGACGAGGCCAAGCGUGCCCUCCACGACUCGAUCUGUGUCGUCCGCAACAUUAUCAGGGAUAACCGCGUCGUCUACGGUGGUGGUGCCGCUGAGAUCUGCGCGUCGCUGGCAGUUGCCAAGAAGGCCGACGAGACCGCCAGCAUUGAGCAGUACGCCAUGCGCGCGUUCGCCACCGCCCUCGACUCUAUCCCCCUUGCCCUCGCCGAGAACUCGGGUCUGUCCCCUAUAGAUGCCCUCUCGGCCGUCAAGGCCGCCCAGGUGAAGGAGAACAACCCCCGUCUCGGCAUUGACUGCAUGGGCUACGGUGACAACGACAUGUCGAAGCAGUUUGUCAUCGACCCCCUUAUCUCCAAGCGCUCGCAGCUCCGCCUGGCAACGCAGGUCGUGCGCAUGAUCCUGAAGGUCGACGAUGUCAUAGACGGCAGCGCCUUCAACAACGAGAUGAUGUAA